CGAGUACCAGCCCUGUCAUGCACCACCCACCCCGUGCACUCACCCCAACCUCGAAUUCUUCCGAGGAGGACAAGCAGAACCCCCUCGGCACACCACGCAAGAUCCGGUUCGCACCCUUUCCAGAUCCGAGACGAGCAAUCGCGGUGGACGAGGAUGGAAAGGAGGUCGAAAUGGUCGAGGAUGAGGGAACGAUAAGCUUCGGAAUCACGAAGGACGCAAGUCCUCCAGUGAGCAUCGAAGAACAGCUCGCAUCGAGUCGCCCAGAGUCGAUUGCGUCUACUGAAGAAGCGGAAGAGUACACCGCUACGCGCAAGGAGAGACCUCGCUCUUGGGGUACCGCAACCAAGAGUUUCCUGUCUCCUUUCCUGGCUAAAUCAUCGUCUAAAGGCGGUUUCCUAUCUCCGGACACGGACGACGGCGAGGACUACAUGUCAACCAAGUUGACGCGGAGAACCUCUACUGGGGGCCUCAGCGGAAGCAAUCCGGAUCGAUUUCAGUGGGAGGUGAAACGCGCAGAGGAAUUUCUUGGCGGGAGCGCGCUAAAGCAGAUGAUCUCCGCGAAUUCUGACGUGGAAAAUCCUUCUCGCAGUCAUACACGGGCUCACAGUGCCGAUAAAAGAAGAAUGCUGCUGAACGGAAGGGUGUACGGCGGUGGGAGGCAGAAGCAGGAGAAAUAUACGGAGCCCGAAUUUGUUGAAUGGGGAUAUGGAGGAAUGGGAAGUCAGAAAGCUGCUGCUCAGACCAGGUGGCAAAGUGUGCAGGGGAAGACGGUUUAUAACUCCGGAGGCAAUUCCCGCGGAGUAGACGAGGACUCCGACGACGGAAGCGGGAUGGCCUGGGUCCGCAAACGGAGACGAGAGAGGGAAUUGAAGGCCCAAAUGGAGAAGGAGAAAGAACAGGCCAAGAACGGACAAGAGAACGAGAACGUCCCGCAGGCCCAGUCGGUACCACCUAUUUCGACAAAUGCCAAGACCCAACCCUCCGCUCACAGCUCGACUCGCACUACCCCGACAGCAUCUACCUUGUCAUCCGCGCUCUCAUCCCGUUCUCAAUCACCUCAACCUAGUAUCGGGUCAGCCGCAGCUAACUCAGGCAUUGCAACCGGCGCAAGCACUCCACACGUCGAUGACGAACAUCAUUAUCGGGCUGUGAGUCUCCCACCCCCUACUACCCAUCAUCAUCAUCAUCACCUUUACAAACAUCAUGGCGACAAGGAUCAUCGGCCACUGCCUCCCCCACUCGCCCCUGUCACCGCGAUUGAUGCAAUCAAUCAGCAAGACAUGCUUGGAACGGAAGCUGGAAUCGGGAAAGCAAACACCCUCCAGCUGGAGCUUACGCCCGCAACCCCCGUUUCACCCGAACACGAGGAGAAUAAACUUUCCUUGCAACAAGCUAAUUCCAUGCAUGUACCGAACCCGCACGUGGUUGAGUCAAGCGAAUCGAGCGACUCGGAGAGCAGCGACGAAGAUGACGACGACGACGACGACGACGACGACGAGCCUGGUAUCGCACGUGAGAAGAAGAGGGUCGCUUCGAGCGAGACAGACUCGACGGAGAGCGACGUCGAGGAUGCACCAGACAACAAGCCUAGGCUCACGUCGGCUAGCGCGGGCGUUGAGAAAGUGUCGACGAAAGGCAGGCGGGGAUAACAUACGCAGGACGCUGGCAGCAGGGCUUUGUCCCUGGGCGGUUCACUCACCCCACCCAGCUGUACUCGUGCCUCGCACUGCAAGCAACCUGCCAGUCCUAUCUCGGCGCCGAUAUCUCCUCUUUGGCAUACCCGUUCUCCGGUCUUCGUCUUCGGCUUUCUGGUCACCCGAAAACAACCGCCUCUCUUCUCCCUAUAGCGCCGCUGUGCAGCGCCGAAAGCGGCAGAAGAGCGACACAACACAUUCUGUGAUUUUCACUUCGUUCGUCGUUUUCUUCGGUGUAAUACCCAUUUCUUCGGCUCUGCAAGUGUACAAUCUGCCCACAAUCCACACCAAACACCCCAUGCAAUCUGUUCACCAUCACUACACGUCUCAACGCCGGACUGUUCGUCCAUUCGGUUUCGAUUUCCGGGAUUCGUACUUCUGCCCCUUUGCUUUCUUCUCAAUCCGAUUGUACUACCUCAACCCUUCGAAAUCCCCCCAAUUCACCAUUCACGGGCACGAAGCGUAGUGUACGAACACUGCACUCCGCGAAUUUGUACCCUCAUACGAUCAUCCCAAGCUUUC